ACUCCGCCGCAGGAAUGUGGCCCUCCUCCUCCGCCGCCUCCCGCCACAUCAACUGCGGACUCCCCCCGGAAUUCUUCUUCGUCGCGCCGGCCUCCUCCUUCCACCACCACGCCGAGCCCGCCACCACCAUCAACUUCGACCCCCACUCCCUCAACGUCGGCGUGAUCCCCCUCCUCACCGCCUCCCCUUGCAUCCCCGCCGCCGCCGACGACGACGCCGCCCGCAGCCGCGGCAUGCAGCUGUGGCAGCACCAGCAGCUGCAGCAGAAACCCUUGAACAACGCCGAUCACCCCAAUCUCACAAGCGGCGGCCCCGGCCCCUCCUCCGCCGCAACCGCCACCUGCCAAGACUGCGGCAACCAGGCCAAGAAAGACUGCCCCCACCGCCGCUGCCGGACUUGCUGCAAGAGCCGCGGCUACGACUGCUCCACCCACGUCAGGAGCACCUGGGUCCCCGCCGCCUGCCGCCGCGAGCGCCAGCUCAUGGCCGGAAACGCCGCCGCCUCCUCACAAUCCACCUCGGGUACCAAGAAACCCCGCCUCGCCGGCGCCUCCCAGACCACCACCGCCUCCCACACCUCCACCUCCAACACCACCCCUCCAAGAAGCUUCGACACCACCUCCAGCCAUCUAGACGCGAGCUUAAAAGAGACAUUACCAGGGCAAGUGCGUGCGCCGGCAGUGUUCAAGUGCGUGAGAGUAACAGCGGUUGAUGAUGGUGAAGAUGAGUUUGCAUAUCAAGCCGUGGUCAAAAUAGGUGGUCACAUCUUCAAAGGCUUCCUAUACGAUCAAGGGUUUGAAGGGAGGGAGAGCUUUCCGGAUAUAUCCGAAUUGCAUCUUGGCGGCGUCGCAGGCAGUGGCGGUGGGAGGCCCGCCCUCGAUCCGUCGGAUAUCUACGCAGCAUCCGGGGGAGGGUUGCUCGGUGGAUCGGUUUACGGAAACCAAAUAAAUUGA